AGCUCUGAGCGAGUUGGCGUGCAGGGGGAAUUCCCCGGGUCUUCGGAAUCCCCGGGCCGGCGGCGGCGGCGGCGACGACGACGACUCUGGAUGGGCCGGUGGGGCCCGAGAGAGGAGGGCUCUACGUAGGCCAUGGCGGUCCCGGCGGGGCCCGUGAAGUCCGGGGACUGCGGGCUCGCGGACGACUGGUGCGACAGCGGGCUCGGGUCUCUGGGGCCCGAUGGGCUCGGGGCCCCGGCGGAUGGGGCCAAGGACGGGGCGGACGGAGACGAGGACGAGGAACGGGAGAGCUGGGCGCCCGAGGUGUUCGGCUACGUGACUGAGGACGGGGACACGGCCUUGCACUUGGCAGUGAUUCACCAACAUGAGGCCUUCCUCGACUUCCUGCUUCAUUUCACGGCUGGGACCGAGUAUCUGGAUCUCCAGAAUGACCUGGGUCAGACGGCUCUGCAUAUAGCAACCAUCCUGGGGGAGGCAGCCAUAACUCGGAAGCUCCGGGCCGCAGGGGCUGGGCUCUGUGUGGCCGAGCGGGGGGGACACACGCCCCUGCACCUGGCCUGCCGGGCUGGGGCUCACGCCUGUGCCCGAGCCCUUCUGGGGCCACCUGAGGGCCAGACAGCCGAUGGGGAAGAGGAGGAGGAGGAGGAGGAGCAGCGAUUGGACCAGCUGGAGUGCACCAACUACCAGGGCCACACUCCCCUCCAUGUGGCUGUGAUCCACAAGGACACAGAGAUGGUUCAGCUGCUCCGAGAAGCAGGGGCUGAUCUCAACAAACCAGAGCCUACGUGUGGGCGGAGCCCCCUACACCUGGCUGUGGAAGCAGAGACCUCAGAGGUCCUGCAGCUGCUCUUGGACGGGGGUGCAGACCCUAAGGCCCGAAUGUACGGAGGCCGGACCCCGCUGGGGAGUGCCACACUUCGGUCAGACCCCCUCCUUGCCCGUCUCCUGCGUGCUCAUGGGGCCCCCGAGCCCGAGUCUGAGGAUGAGGAAGACUACAGCCCCAGAGGCAGCGACAGUGACGAGGAUGAUGAGUAUGACGACAUCGUGGUCCAUGGAAGCCAAAGCUGAAACUGAGGCACACCUUCCUCCUUCCUAGCCCCUCCCUCAACUGCUGGGUCUCUGGCCAAGUUUUUUGCUGCCUUUUUUUUUUUUUGUAGAAAAACCUUAAUUUCAAUAAAACUUUGGUUCCCCUGACUCUGA